AUGACGUCAUGUUACUGUAGCCGUAACAGGUUCGCCCAAAUCCGGUCGACUCUGCGCCGUCUUCGGAUGGAGCAGGAGAGUGUGCCAGUGCUCUUGGAGGAAGUGGUGGCUGCCGUGGGCAAGCUGCUUGCGGUCACCGUCGCAGCUGCAAAGGUUCCAGUCUGCUCUGGUUGGAGGAAGGAGGGGGAGGGAGAGGGGGAGGGAACCUUUGGUGCAGAGUAUGGGGAGUAA